AUGGAAUUUUGCGAUCAGACAGUCUCGCGAAUUUUUCCGCUCGUACGGUCCGGAUUCACAGAAGUGACGAGUAGCUCAAUACAUUUGUGGAAGUUCAGUUUGAAUUCCAUUCUGUGGCCAGGAUACAGUAUUGAUGGAGACACAGAUAACACAAAUUAUCAAAAAUGUUCGAUAACAGCUUUAAACCAGAAGGAAGCUUGGUUGAGAGUCGAUUUAAAGGAGGUGUAUAGUCUUCAUUCUGUCAAAAUAUGGUACAGACAAGAAAAUCCAGAAACUAUCUUACAAGAAACCUGCAAAGAAAUAUCUCAAUACGUAUGGAUUUACAACAACCAAUCAAAUGAUAGCGAUGGUGUCAUAUUAGAAGUUUGUGAAAUUCAGAUAUAUGGAUGCCCAACUGGAACAUUUGGAACAAACUGUUCUCAGAACUGUAGCCAUUGUAAGAACACAUUGACCUGUGACGUAGAGACAGGGGCAUGUGACAAUGAUGGGUGUGCUCGAGAGGGAUUUGAAGGAUCUCUGUGUAAAGGAUGCCCAACUGGAACAUUUGGAACAAACUGUUCUCAGAACUGUAGCCAUUGUAAGAACACAUUGACCUGUGACGUAGAGACAGGGGCAUGUGACAAUGAUGGGUGUGCUCGAGAGGGAUUUGAAGGAUCUCUGUGUAAAGCCUGCAAACCAGGUCAAUAUGGGGAAAACUGUUCUUUAAAAUGUGGAAAUUGCAAUUAUAACGAUACUUGUGACAGAAUAACAGGGCAAUGCGAAACGUGUGCACCGGGAUGGAAGAAAACUAAGAAUUGCGAUCAAGAAUGUGACAGUGGGUAUUUUGGACCCCAAUGCACCAACUCGUGCAAAAUUAAUUGCAAUGAAAACAUCUGCGAUCCUGUUGAUGGACGUUGUUUAGAAGGAUGUCGUCCCGGUUGGCAAGCACCACAUUGCAAUGAAACUUGCCCAGAUGAUCGGUAUGGUCGAAACUGUGAAUACAGUUGCAGUAGGUAUUGCUACAAUGCGACCGUGUGCGACAAGCAGACUGGACACUGCCCAGAGGGAUGUAUUGAGGGAUAUCAGGCACCAACCUGCAAGCAAUAUGUGUCGAGGAGUGGCUUUGACAAAACGUCUCUUGGAGUGGGAUUUGGCGCUGGUUCGCUAGUAGCUGUCCUCUUAAUUGUUGUGAUUUGCAUACCUAUAUGCCUUUGGCAUCGACUAAAAAGAAAAAGAAAGCGAGAUCUUAACGCAAAAUAUGAAAAGCCUCAAGAGUUUAUGCAGUCCCCUCAAGAGAUUUCUCAAGGAUCCAAACCAAUGGCCGUAAAACAGAUCUCCCAUUACUAUACAAAGAAAACAGAAGAAGAGGUCAGCAUUGCCUCUUAA